UUUAGUGAGUCACAAACACAGUCUCUCACAUAAACACACAACACAACACAAACCUUCAAAAGCCACACACAACACGCACUUCCGAUAGAAGAGGCUCUGCGACAAUUCAGAGAUAGGAAUUGUUUUGGCUGUCAGAUUACUUUCUUUUGAGGUUUCUAGCCGUGUUGGGUUUUCAUUAUGAGUGGGGUACCUAAGAGGUCUCAUGAAGAUUCUGUUCAUCAGUCUUCAAAGCAUCCACAUCAAGAUUCAGGUACAUAUUCCAAGUUGAUGCCAUCAGUUUCAAAUGACCACCAUAUUCCGUAUGAUAUGGGUCAGGAUUCCCGGGUUGCAAAGACACUCCGUACUGAACCUCGUGAUGCAGAUAGAAGAUCUCCUCUUCAUACAGUGUAUCGGAUGGCAUCAUCUUCAAAUGAUUCUCAUACAGAUUAUCCCAUUGGAACUGAGAACAGGACAGAAUCUAGGGAUUUUAAGGAGAGUAGGGAUCUCCGGUUUGAGAAUCGUGAUAUGAACUCAGAGAAGAAGGAAUUGCAUGGUGAAGCCAGAAGGGAUUCUCAGAUUGCUAAGAGUGAGAAAGAUGCACGAGUUGAAGCCAGAGGAGAUGACAACAAGGAUGUUAGAUUUGAACGAGAUAGUCAUAAUGAUUCAAAAGGUGACAUUAAGACAGAUAAGGAUGGCUAUGGUAUGGUAAGCAGCAGCAGCCACUUGAAUUGGAAAGAAUCAAAGGAUUAUAGGGGGAAGAGAUUUUCUGAUACUCCUGGUGGGAGUUUGGAUUCCUGGCAUGCAUCCCGUGGCAAUACACCAGAAGUUGGAAAGGGCAGUUCAAUGGCAGAAGAAAGGGACAGUUUGGAAACUCAUGAAGCUGUUGGAGAAAACAAAAUUGAUUCUAAAAGUGAAGAUAGGUUUAAAGAAAGAAAAAGAAAGGAUGGCAAACAUCGGGAUUGGGGGGAUAGGGAAAAGGAGAGAAGUGAUCGCAGAAGCAGUACACCAGUUAACAAUAAUAGUGGUGAUAACAAAGAAUCUGCCAAGGAUGAUAAAGAUGUAGAAAAAUUGGAGAGGGAGAGGAAAGAUCUUCCAAAGGAGAAAGAAAGUUCAAAAGAGAGGGAAAAGGAUCAUAACAAGAGGGAAUCCUGGAAUGGCAUUGACAAAGAGGCUUUGAAUGAAGAGAUGGAACUUGGUGAUGGAUCGGCAAAAAAUACUGUGCAAGAAAAUGUGUUGCCAGAACAGAAAAAACAGAAAGAUGUUGAUAGCUGGAAAAAUGUUGACGGAGAAGCUAGAGAGAGGAGGAAAGAAAGGGAUGCUGAUUUACAGGGAGAUCGGCCUGAGAAGCGCAUUAAAGUUGACAAACAAUCAGAAGAUGGAACUGUUCACGGGGAAGGGUCCGGAGAAAAGGAGAGGGAAGUCCAUAAUUAUAAUGUUCAACAUCGUAAAAGGAUCCAUCGAUCAAGGGGAAGCCCUCAGGUGGCCAAUCGGGAGGCUCGUUUUAGAUCCCAUGCUCAUGCCCCUGACAAUGAAGAGUCUCAAGGUAAAGCAGAAGUAUCUUCUGUUGUUUAUAAAGUUGGUGAAAGCAUGCAAGAACUGAUAAAGCUAUGGAAGGAAUAUGAAUUAUCUCAAUCUCAAGUGGAAAAAAAUAGUGAAAGUUCUAACAGUGGCCCUACUUUUGAAAUUCGUAUACCAGCUGAAAAUGUUACCGCUACAAACCGUCAAGUUCGAGGUGGCCAGCUAUGGGGGACUGAUGUUUACACUUAUGACUCGGAUCUUGUUGCUGUUCUAAUGCAUACAGGUUAUUGUCGCCCAACUGCUUCUCCACCUCCAGUGGCUGUACAAGAGUUGCGCACAACCAUUCGAGUGCUACCUCCACAAGAUUGCUAUAUUUCUACCCUGAGAAACAAUGUUCGAUCCCGUGCUUGGGGUGCUGCAAUUGGUUGUAGUUAUAAAAUUGAGCGGUGCUGCAUUGUGAAGAAAGGAGGUGGAACUAUUGAUCUUGAACCCUGCCUUACGCAUACCUCAACCAUUGAACCUACCCUUGCACCAGUAGCUGUUGAACGGACAAUGACUACUAGGGCUGCAGCUUCGAAUGCUUUGCGGCAACAAAGAUUUGUACGUGAAGUUACAAUACAGUACAACCUUUGCAAUGAACCUUGGAUCAAAUAUAGUAUAAGCAUUGUUGCUGACAAGGGUCUAAAAAAGCCACUCUAUACCUCUGCUCGUUUAAAGAAGGGAGAAGUUCUGUAUCUGGAAACACACUCCUGCAGAUACGAGCUCUGUUUUAUUGGAGAAAAGACGGUGAAAGCUAUACCAGCAACUCAGAUGCAUGAUCCAGAUACAGAGAAGUCUCAGAAUCACCAUCACCAUCCAACAAAUGGUGACAAAGCUGAUUCUGAUCAUGUCAUGGUUGAUGUGUUUCGAUGGUCUCGAUGUAAGAAUCCUCUGCCCCAGAAAGUGAUGCGGUUGAUUGGCAUCCCUCUGCCUCUUGAACAUGUGGAGGUGCUUGAGGAAAGCCUGGACUGGGAAGAUGUACAGUGGUCCCAAACUGGUGUUUGGAUUGGAAAAAAGGAAUAUACCCUUGCUCGGGUGCAUUUCUUGUCAAUGAAUUAGUUCAUUGUCAUGUUCUGUUUCAAACGGGGGAUAGGCUGCAGCGAUGAUCUAAUGCAUGUAACUUUUAACCUUAAAAAGUAAAUUUUAGUGCCUUUCUCAUGUAACUUAAAAUAGUUUUGUAUUUUUCAAUAAAAAUGUUUAAUGUUUAAUUUUUCUUAA